AUGGACGGAGACCUGGACCGCGGGAGGACGGCCGGCCGGACGACACGCUCAUGCCGCCGUACCACACGGGCCUGUUGUGUUGGCUACCUGCACCGCCACCGGCCAACCGAUGGGUCUUGCAUGAGUGAGGAGUGUGAGAGGGGAGCACGAGGAGGAGGAGGAGGCACAGGGAAGGGAACGCUUUUACCCAACCUGACCACGCACGAGACUGCAGAGUGUCAUCGAUCGCUGGCUGGCUAUCGAGCUCUGUCGCCUCCACUGGCUGCUCUACUAGUCGUGCAUCUCCCCCGACUCCCAAGGGAGGAAGUGUGGGCAUUGUGGCAGGACACAGACACCCGCCACACAACCCGCUUGUCCUCUUCCUUCCGCGUCGGCCGAGGCCACGCACAUGGCGCUGCUGCCUCUGCCUCUGCCACCCUCCUCCUCCUCCUCCUCCUCCUGGGAAUGCUCGCCUCCCGGGCGCCGGCGCAGCAGCCGGCCACGCUGCACGAGCGCGACGCGGCGGCGCUGCGUGACCUCCGCGCCAGCCUGCGCGACCUCCCGGCCUCCCGCUUCUUCGACACCUGGGACGACGCCCGGAGCCCCUGCGCGUACGCCGGCGUCGUCUGCGCGCCCGACGACGCCGACGGAGACGGCGGCGGCGGCGACUCCUCCAGCACCACCGUCCUCCGCGUGUCGGUGCUGACCCUCGGCACGGGGCUCGCCGACUCCCCGGGACUAACUGGCACACUCCCGGACUCCCUCUCCACGCUCGCCGCGCUGACGGACCUGGUCCUGUACCCGGGCCGCGUGUCCGGUCCCAUCCCAUCGGCCCUCGGCGCGGGGCUCCGCCGCCUCCGGCUGCUCUCGCUGGCGGGGAACCAGCUGACGGGCGCCGUGCCGGCCUCCCUGGCGGGGCUGCCCGACCUCCACACGCUCGACCUCGGCGGGAACCGCCUCGACGGCGCCGUGCCGCCAGGGCUGCUCCGUCCCGACUCGCCCAGCCUCAAGGUGCUCAUCCUCGCCAACAACGGCGGGAUCUCCGGGGAGAUUCCCGACGGGUUCGCGAGCUCCGGGCUGUUCCACGUCGACCUCGCGAGGAACGCGCUCGCUGGGGGGCUGCCGCCGAUGCCGGCCACGCUACGGUACUUCUCCGUCGCCGGUAACGCAAUGCAGGGCACCCUCGACGGGGCCUUUGGUUCUGGUGGCGGUGGUGGUGACGACGGCUCUGCCAGUCCACCACCCCUACCCGCCGACCUGGCGUUCCUGGACCUGUCCAUGAACAACUUCUCGGGCCGCAUCCCGGCGUCGGUGUUCGGUCUCCCGGGGCUGUCGUCGCUGCUCCUGUCGCGGAACAACUUCACGGGCGCGCUGUCCGUGCCGCCGCCGUCCCCGCAGCAGGAGUGGGCGGUGGUGGACGUGAGCCACAACGGCAUCUCGGGCGAGGUCCCGGAGGCGCUGGCGGCGGCGGGGAGCCUGUACGUGAACAACAACCGGCUGUCCGGGGAGGUCCCCGCGGCGGUGGCGCUCAGCGUGCUGGCGGGGCGGAUGACCACGCUGUACGCGCAGCACAACUUCCUGACGGGGUUCCCGGUCCCGCCUGCCGCGCCGCUCCCGGACUCCGCCGCGCUCUGCCUCUCCUACAACUGCAUGGAGCUGCCGUCGGCCUCCGCCGCCGACGGGUGCCCCACCAUCGGUGGCCCCCUCGAGGCCAGGCCCGCCGAGCAGUGCCGGAGCACCACCACCAGCGGAGGAGACGGCUGA